AUGUCGGAUCGAAACGAAAGCAUAUGGAAAGGAACUGCUACUGUAUAUCCUAAAUCCGAACAUUAUGCCUGCAUAUGGCACUUGUCAGUCAAUGUGUUGAAGAAUUUCAAUAUUAAUACUGAAGAUUUGAAGAUUUUAUUUUUUACACUGGCAAAGGCUUAUACAAAACAACAGUUUAAGACGAUUAUGGGAAGAAUAGACCAGAUAGAUACGCGCAUACGACCAUACUUGUUUGAUAUUGGUUAUAGCAAAUGGUCAAGAGCUUACUCGAAUUGUAAGCGCACAUGGACCAUGACUUCAAACAUCGCAGAGUCAUUGAAUAAUGCUAACAGGUUAGCAAGGAGGUUACCAGUAAUUUCAGUUCUUGAAUUUAUGAGGGUAACAAUUCAAAUGUGGAUUCACAAGCACAAUGAGGAGGCUGAUAAGACAACAUCUAAUCUAACAAAAAAAUAUGAUCUUUAUCUACAGAAAAGUAUUGCUUUGUCUUGCAAUAUGAGGGUGAUACCUUCAACUGUUGAUCUGAUAACUGUAUUCGAGGGAGCAAAGAAGUACAUAGUAAACUUGAACACAAAGAUGUGUAGUUGCGGGAGAUUUCAACAUUAUGAGAUACCGUGUGGUCAUGUAAUUGUGGUUCUUAGAUACAGAAAGUUGCAUGAAGCAGAUUUCUGUUCUGCUUUUUAUAGCCUGAAGAAUUUCAAAGAUGCAUAUGUCAUUCCUGUUGAGCCUAUCCCAUGCGAGAGUACAUGGGAUAUACCAAGUUAUAUUUCAAAGCCUAAAAUGAUGUCACCUGGUCCAAAAAGAUCAGCGGGAAGACCAAAAUAUGAACGCUGGAAGGGGUUUGCUGAUGUGAAAUUUAAAAGGUCGAAAAUCACCUGCAGUAGAUGCCGUCAAAUCUGUAAUGGGAAUGUGGAAGAAUCUGUUCGAAAUGGGGAAGAUAACGGUGAGGACGAUUUAGGGAGAUGA